CACUUCCGUCUGUUCGCCCAGAGCUCAGCUCAGCGACCGACCACCGGCACACCAGCCUCAUAGCAUACAAGGACUUGAGCUGCAGCUUACGGUUCUUGGAAGGUCGUGUGAGCCUAAAUCAUGCGAUCCGAGAUCCUAUCCUCCAACUUCGACCUGCUGAACCUUGGGGCAGCCCGCCGAUCCAUCUUUGGAGGAAGCGGAACAAGCAGCAGCAGCAGCAGGAGGAGGAACACUGAACGCAACAUCGACAAUAGCAUCACCAGCAAUAGCCAGAAUCGAAGACAGACCAAGAGGAGCCAGUCACAAGAGAGCCCUGCUGAGCAGCAAGGAAAGCCUUCCCUUAAGACCCUUAGCAGGAAGCGCCCCCUUGGGCAGCGACUUCGUGAGCCAAUGGCUUCUACAACAGCUUCAUCGUCGUCCUUCUUCUCCCGCCCUAGCCACCAACGAGCUGCCAGCUCUCGAACUCGCUCAGCGGCAGCGGCAGCAGCGGCUGCUACCAUUGAGUCACCGCUGGACCUCGGCCUCGAUGAGGCAGGUGGGUCUGUCGCUUCGAGCGCGGGCGUGAAGCGCAAGCGACCGAGCCUUCCGAGGACACGAGGUAGCAGUGGAGUUUCCUCCCGUGCCGUAUCGUACAGGACUGCCAAGGAGCCAGCUUCGGUCAGCGCUCCGCUGUCCCACGAUUCUACAUCGUCCCUUCGCUCGAUUUCUGGCUCUGAAGACAGCUCAGGCUCCCACAUCUCUCGUAGGACAUCCAAGUCGAGUCUAAGUCUACGGCGUGAGUUGCGAGCUCUUGCCAUCGAGAGCCACUCCGCCACCUCUUCGCCCACGAGGCCGAGACAGGCCAGAGGGACCAGUAGCGGUCGAGAUGCAAGUCUCAGCCCUGAAACACUGGCAGACACAACUGUAGUGGACCGGAGGAGGCUCUCGCGACAGCCAAGUAGCUCGAAACCCCGCAACGACGAACACGCCGAGUACGAUGAGGAUGUUAGCAGUGAUGCAGAGGACGAAGAAAGCCGAGCUAACGAAGACUACUUGCUUUUGACUCUAGCGCCAGCUACCCAGCUCGAGCGUCUUCGAAAAGAUAGACUCGUAGCCCUUGCUCGUCAAGCUGGUGUACCCUCUGAUGGCUUGACCCGGGCUCAGCUGAUCGAGACCUUGAUCGGACAAAGAGACCCCCGCCGCCGGUACGAAUCGUCUCGUGCUGCGUCGGGCUCGUUCAAGAAUAGGAGGCAAGCCAGCGGUAUGUCCAAGCGAUCUGUCUCUAGCCAGUCAGCAGACUAUACCGACGAGAGUGAUGAGAGCCAGGGCGAUGAAGCUGGCCAUGAAGGUGGAGGGGAAGAGACUGAGGCAGAAGGCCUUGCAGGUACGGCUGCUAGCCGCAAGCGCAAGCCUCUCCGCCAGCCUCGCCUCGAGGAUGUUUUCGCCGGUCUGUCAUCAUCAGCAAAAUCCGCUGGAAGCGGCCGAAAGAUCAAGGGAGUUCGGCCGUCCCGAGUCAUCAGUCCUCAGCGCGCCACUGGCAACUAUCGCACAGACGAAGACCCUCAGACAUCAGCAACGCCCUUGGUCAAUCGAUUGAGGAACGCAAGAUCUAUGCAAUUUGCAGCAUCCUCUCCUGCACGAGCACGUACUCGUAUGCGGGGUCCAAUGGCGGGCGUCAAGAGGGCCGCACCUGCGCUGCCUGACCCGUCUCCAGUGAAGAACAAACUUCGCAAAAUGAAAUUGGGUCGACUCUGUCCCUGCUGUGCCUCCUCGGCGCAAGACCAAGCAAAGGCGUGCAAAGACUGUGGCUCGACAGAAUCUGCAGGUCGAUUCGGACGACGAGGAUAUGACCGGUGGGCAUGAGUCAAGGGAAGAAGCUCAUGACGACGACGACUCAGCAGGAGACGAUGGAGAACAAGCCUUCCCCACCUCAAGUCAGACGGACGGCGAAGCCAUCAACGGAGAUGACGAAAGAGACGAUGGAGACGAAGACGACGAGCAAGGCGAAGCUACGGAGCGAGAGGAAGAUCAGCAUGAUGAAUCCGACAUCACCGAUGUGCCGGAUGACGAAGAGGUGGCGGACGACUACGGCCCUUCU